UGAAUUUCAUUUGCAUUUAUAGAUUCAUUCAAAUUGGAUGAAUUACAAAGAUAAAUUCUUUCAACAACAAAAAAAAAAAACAUUGAAAAAAAUGUCACAAAAUAUCUAUACAAUCGAACGACAGCCAUCGGCUGAAGAUGAUAAUAUGUUUCGAAUAUAUCAUUCACAAAAUGAACUUUUAUCCAUCAAUGGAACAUUAUCGAAUGAUAAUAUAGUUCAACGUAACCUACGACAACGACGAUAUGCUGUAGAUUCGGAACAAUUUCAACGUAAACUAAAUUAUCGUCAACGUUUACGUCUUGCAUUAUUACAUUAUUUUCGUUCCGAUAGUAUUGCACGUUUCAUAUUCAUUGUGAUCUGUGUCGUUUGGUUUUGGAUCAAUUUUAUAACAGUAUUUUCUGAUUUUUUAACAUUCGAUACAAUUGUCUAUAUGGAAUAUCGUACACCAAAACAUACAAGACCACCUGGCGUAACAUUCUGUACACAUUGUAUUUAUUGUCGAUCCAGCAAUAAUCAUUCGAAAAAGAAUAAAAUGCUUGUAUUCAAAAAUUGA